AUGACCAUCCACGACCAAGAAGGAACAGCAGGAGAAAGUCUACGAGCGGAUACCACAGCCAAUGCCGGUGCGAGGGAGGUAACAAGGAACUACAGGCGCAGCCUUUCCAACACGCAUCAUGCCAUUCCAGCGAGCAACGGCAUCCGGUCGGGCAUCCCAAGUUUUAUGGGUCAGGUUGUCCGGGUUCUUGCCGACCAGCUGCAGAUGCAUUUCCUGCGCAACACCACUGAUCUGGAUUCACAGAAGCAGAACACUUGCAGUCAGCACGCGGCAAAUGUCCAGCAAAACGAACGAGACCAUGCUGCUCGGGCGGCUCUGUCAAAAUUCCUCAAGGAUAGGUUACCAAUACCCAAGAAAUACGAUGCAGAAAUCGAUGCAGGGUAUCAGCAGAAGAAAUACGUUUUAACGAGAUCGACCACUACGGACGGACGGACACCAAGCCGUCUCUAUGACAUACUGCCAGUGCAGUACUUAGGAAAGAGCCCCAAGAGUGGGUCCCCAGAGCUGACACGCCCGCAACAACAACAGCAACAGCAAUUCUAA